AUGGAACCGACUCACAAUUUUCUGUCAAUCGCAAAUCGCUUUUUGUUCAAUAAAAAUGUAAAAAUUCACAUCAAAUUGUUGUGGAUGUUGAUUAUUUUGCCAUCCUUGUCAGUAUUCUUAUUUUACAUAAAUACUGCAUGGAAUAAGCUCAUCUUAACUCCAGUUAUUGAGAUUAAAAUAGAAAGAAGGUCAAUUCAAUCAGCUCCAUUUCCAGCUAUCACAAUUUGCUCACCUGUUUUUGCUAGAAAUGGACUUGUGACUCAAAAUGACAUUUUUGAGGAAUCUGCAAACUUAACCGAUUAUCAGAAGGAAGUGCUAGCAGCAAAUUCUCAAGCCUGUAAUCCAACUUACUCAGAAUUUUAUCCAGAAUGGUUAAAAUUUAAAUCCAGUGAAAAUAUUGUGAAAUUACUUGAAGAAAGUUCCUUAAAAAUUGAUGAAAUUAUCGCACUUUGCGUCCUUAAUAAUCUCAUAAUUGACUGCAAUUUGACCUUUAAAAAGGUUUUGACUGACCGUGGAUUUUGCUACACAAUAAAUUCUCAAGGCUAUCAUGCAAUCUUCAAUCCUGGAGUGUUGAGUCACGACUUUGAUUCACAUAAAGCUACCGGAAUCUCAAAAUCAUUUAAGAAAUUUGAUGAAUUAUUCAAUGACACGUCAGCUGAUGAGUUUUCUGAUUGGGGAUUGGAUGGUUUUAAAAAGUCCCACAACCCCUACUCAGUACCUAUCACAGCAUUCAAAUACACAAAAAUGUCAUUCCACCUUCAUCUUGACCCAAUCAAUGCCAACAACAUCUGUUCCAAGAAUGGACGAUCAUUUUUCUUCUUUUUUCAUCCACCGAAUGAGAUUGUCACUCCAUCAAAUUGGGAGAAUGGAAUUGACUACGAAUUUGAUAAGAAAAUAGCAAUCAAGAUCGAAAGCUACAGCAUAAACAAUCAGCUUAAGAUCUUUCCACCAUCAGUUCGUAAUUGCUUAUAUUUUGGUGAAAAGCUGUUGAAAUUUUUCAAAACUUACACGAAGAACCUUUCCAGUCUUAGUCACAUAAGCUACCUGAACAUGGAACCAACUCACAACUUCGUCUCAAUCCUCAUUCAUUAUGUCGCUAAUAAAAGUCAAAAAUUUCACAUCAGACUUUUCUGGUUUUUAAUAAUUUUGAUGUCAUUUUGUAGCUUGUGGAUCUACAUACCUGCUGCAUACACAAAGUUUAUUGGCCAACCAAUAAUCGAUGUCAGGAUUGAAGAAAAUCCUGUUGAAUUGGUUCCAUUUCCAGCAAUUACAAUCUGCACUGGUGUCUUUGCUAAAAAUGAAGUUGUUAAAUUUUUGGACAAUACAGCAGAGCUUGAUGAAGACAAGCAAAAAAUAUUUUCAAUAAGUUCUCAAGCAUGCGAUCCAUCUGAUGUGCAGCAUUCUCCAAGCUGCUGUGGAAAUAAAACUGAUGAAAAUGUUGUCGACUUGUUGAAUCAAAAUACUUUGGAUGUAGAAGAAGUUUUUGUAAUUUGCAGCUUAAAUGAAGUUCAACUAAAUUGUGGCAGCAUUUUUAACAAGAUUUUAACGGAUCGUGGAUUUUGCUACAGGAUCAAUGCUCAAGGAUAUCAAACUAUAUUUAAUUCGGGUGUUAUUAGUGAUGAUUUUGACAGCUAUAAACUUACGGAUUGUGUCAAAGUUAGACUAGAUUGUGUCAAAAUUCGACUAGAUUAUGUCAAUGUUAGACUAGAUUGUGUCAAAAUUCGACUAGAUUGUGUCAAAGUUGGACUAGAUUGUGUCAAAGUUGGACUAGGUUGUGUCAAAAUUGGACUAGAUUAUAUCCAAAUUAGACUGGAUUGUGUCAAAAUUGGACUAGAUUAUGUCAAUGUUGGACUAGAUUGUGUCAAAAUUGUAUUAGAUUGUAUCAAUAUUGAACUAGAUUGUGUCAAAAUUGGACUAGAUUAUAUCAAAAUUAGACUGGAUUGUGUCAAAAUUGGACUAGAUUAUGUCAAUGUUGGACUAGAUUGUGUCAAAAUUGGACUAGAUUGUAUCAAUAUUGAACUAGAUUGUGUCAAAAUUGGACUAGAUUGUGUCAAAAUUGAACUAGAUUGUAUUAAAAUUGGACUAGAUUGUAUCAAAAUUAGACUACAUUGUGUAAAAAUUGGACUAGAUUGUGUAAUAAUUGGACUAGAUUGUGUCCAAAUUAGACUAGAUUGUGUUGAAGUUGGACUAGCUUGUGUCAAAGUUGGACUAGAUUAUGUCAAAAUUGGACUAGAUUGUAUCAAUAUUGGACUAGAUUGUGUCAAAAUUGGACUAGUUCGUGUCAAAAUUCGACUAAAUUGUGUCAAAGUUGGACUAGAUUGUGUCAAAAUUGGACUAGAUUUUGUCAUAAUUGGACUAGAUUGUGUCAUAAUUGGACUAGAUUGUGUCAAAAUUGGACUAGUACGUGUCAAAAUUGGACUAGAUUGUGUCAUAAUUGGACUAGAUUGUGUCAAAAUUAAACUAGAUUGUGUUGAAGUUAGACUAGAUUGUGUCAACGUUGGACUUGAUCAGAAUUAA